GGGGGAUGGAGGGAGAGAGAAAUUGCUGUGCGCUAACGCCGUUGUUGUACAUGAUUUUAUGUCACUGACAGACACUGCAUUUCCAUGGUUGAAAACAUCUGCAGAUGUCACCGCUUUCACUAUGUCGCAAAGUAUUCCAUCUCUGUCAGAGCAGCUGCAGGAAGUGAGGAGUCAGGCUGAAGUGUGCCUGUACUCAGGGGGCCGGGUGGUGGAUGUCAGGGCCAGGGUGAUGGCUAUGGCUGUCCUGCCUCUACCGCCCUGCUCUAAAUACCAACAUGUCUCUGCAGAGACCAUGGUCAUAGAAAACAGCUCUGGCAGCAACAGGAAGGAGACCCUUGCAUCUCUUCAGCGAUUGUCUACUGCACUGAAUAUUCUGGAAAAGUACGGAUGCAACCUGACGAACCCCAACAGACCCAAAUACUGGAGGACUGUCAAACACAACAACCCAGUUUUCAGAGCCACUGUUGAUGCUAUUCAGGGAGGACGAGCAGUGCUGUGUCUCUAUGGUUACUCUAAUCAGCAGCCAGAUGGGCUCAGCUUCCCUGAUGAUGCCACUGAUCCUGAUGUGGGCCGAGUUGCUGCAGUAACACUGGAAGUGAUGAGUCUGAGGCUGGAGCUAGAGAUGCUGAUCAAGGAGACUCACCCUCACCCUGACUUCUAUGAGAGGAUCAUUCCAACUCUGAGACACAAGGAUGUAGGUCUGAACACUGACGCUGUGCUCUACCAAACCUCCCCAAACUCCCGCCACUCUAACAGUCAGAGUAAGUCUCUGGCCUUCCCACUGCAUCACUCCGUCAGAGACGGCAGUCACGGACACUCGUUGUCCUCCAGUCACCACAGCCAGAGGUCCAGCUCCUCGAGCAAGAACUCAGAGAACUGCUCCGUUUGUGGAAUAUUCAGGAUGUCUGCCCACUGCCUCACCUGCCUCCAGGGCUUCUGCUCAGAAUGUGACCGACUGUAUCACUCCUCCCCAGAGAGGGCCAACCACCAUCGCACUGCCUUCACCUCCUCCUCCUCCUCAUCGUCGUCAUCCUCGUCCAGAAACAGGAGCUGCAACAGUUCCUCCACAUGGUGCUGCCUUCACUGCACCAAAGUCAACUCCAUCCAGAAUGUGCAGUGUAAGGAGUGUGAGCGCCCUCGCUCAAGCUCUGUCAACUCCAAUGAGGAUGAAUCCCAGUCGUCCACCAUCUCUGAGUGGCAAUGUAAGAGCUGCACCCUGGUGAACGCUGCCAGCAGUAUUCUGUGUGAGGUGUGUGAAAGACCUCGCUUGGCAACAAAACCUCCGACCACCCCCUCACACUCCCCAGUCACCCCUCCAAGACCACCGGCCCCAGUACUGGGCAUGCCUGGUGACCCCGACAGCCAGUGGGUGUGUCAGUUCUGCACCUAUCUGAACUACUCCCCUGCUACAGCAUGUGACAUGUGUGACCUGGCUCGUCCGGAGCCCGCUCCUCUGCCGGUGAAGUUUCGCCCUCCCUCUCCUGUAAGACGAGUCCCCGCUCUGCCAAUCAAACCAAAGGGGCCCACUCCAGAGGACCUGGACUUCUGGAGGCAGAAGCUGAUGAAGGAGGAGGGGCUCAAGCUGAUUGAGAUGAUCAGGGAUGGGGAGAAGAAAGGAGUCAGUCCAGAGGAGGUGUACACAAGUCUGAGAGUAGCUGGAGACAGUGGCACGCUGCCAGGCAAGUGGUUUAAAACAGAACUCCCUUUGCUCCUGGACCAGAUCAGGAUGCUGGUGGCGACGUCCUCCCUUCAGUCUGACAAGAUCACAAUUGAGCAAAAAAGCAGACCGUGUGAAACCACAGCUGAGGAUGCUGAGAAAGAAGAGUGCCUUCCAGAAGCUGAAAACGUGAUCCAGUUGUCAAGAGCAGAGGCCAAGAAAGCAUGGCUGACAGCAGGGGGCGACACUGAAAGAGCAGCCAGACAGGCCCUGAGAGAAAGACUUGCUAAGGUGAAGGAGCUGUGUGCCCUGGGCUUCAGUGACAAGAGUCGCUGCCAUGAUAUGCUGAGACAAAGUGGUGGUGAUGUCAGAGGGGCCUUGGUCCUGCUACAGCGCCCUCUGCUGCAACCAUUCCAUAGUCAAAUCUGGAGUGAAGAGCCCGAGCCUCCUGUUGACAUCUACCACCCAGAUAAACAGUCCAUAUGCCGAAGACUGCUAGCAGUGUAUGAUCUACCCAGCUGGGGUCGCUGUGAGCUGGCUCUAUCCCUACUCCUGGAACACAGUGCUCCCUACUCCCUGGAGGAUGUGGUGCAGGCUGUGCGCGAGUCCCACGACAGGGAGUUUAUCAAGAGAGUGUUGGCUAAGGAGUGUCCCAUAUGUCUGUCUGUCUUCCCCCACAGCAAGAUGCAGUCCCUGACCUCAUGCCAGUGCUCAGUGUGCUGUAGUUGCUUUCAGCAGCACUUUACCAUUGCUGUGAGGGACAAACACAUUCGUGACAUGGUGUGUCCAGUCUGCUGGGAGCCCAACAUCAAUGACCCUGAGCACCUGAACAGCUACUUCUCCACCUUGGACAUACAGGAAAGCUGCCUUGAUGAUAUGACACUGCUAAUCACAAGUUGUUUUUUUUUUACCAAAGCAGAGUUAGCUUCUACUUUUUACGCACAUGAGAAAGAGCGAGGUUCUACCAUAACUUUAAAAGUGUUUCACCAUAAAAUGAAAAAAUGUCUAAAAAAAAGACUAGAAGACUCCCAGAAACACACAUUGAUUUUUUUUUGUUUACUCCACCAUUAAAUAUAUAUUAAACAGUUGUCAGUAAACAGCGGAGGCUGAACAUCAGACACACCUGUUUACAGUAUAUUGCACCUCUGAAUCUUAAGAACGCUUCAAGGCCCUUGAGAGUCCCUGAGAGUCAGGCAGUGAAUUAUUUAUUUGUGCUUAUUAAUGUUACUUAUUCUG